UUAAGUGCGCUGUGCAGCCUGCCUGGCGGGGGAAGCGCCGGCUCGCCAUGGGGAGCCCGGGACUCCGGCCCGCUCUGCUGCUGCCUCGAGCACUGCUGCUGUUACUGGCGCUGCUGCACAUCCCGCUGAGCCAGGGCUUCCCAGGAUCUGGAGACUCACCAGUAGAAGAUGAUGGAGUCUGGUAUUCACACUCUCUCUAUAAAGACACACCAUGGUGCUCUCCUAUCAAGGUGAAGUAUGGGGAUGUGUACUGCAGGGCCCCUCCUGGGGGAUACUACAAAACAGCCUUGGGGACCAGGUGUGACAUUCGCUGCAGGAAGGGCUAUGAGCUUCAUGGCUCUUCCCAGCUCAUCUGCCAGUCUAACAAGCGCUGGUCGGAUAAGGUCAUCUGCAAACAAAAGCGAUGUCCUACCCUUACCAUGCCGGCAAAUGGAGGGUUUAAGUGUGUUGAUGGUGCCUACUUUAACUCUCGGUGUGAGUAUUAUUGCUCACCAGGAUACACAUUGAAAGGGGAGCGGACAGUCACCUGUAUGGACAACAAGGCCUGGAGUGGCCGCCCAGCCUCCUGUGUAGAUAUGGAACCUCCUAGAAUCAAGUGCCCAAGUGUGAAAGAACGUAUAGCUGAGCCCAAUAAGCUGACAGUCCGGGUGUCCUGGGAAACCCCAGAGGGAAGAGAUACAGCAGAUGGGAUUCUUACUGAUGUUAUUCUGAAAGGCCUUCCUCCAGGCUCGAAUUUUCCAGAAGGAGACCACAAGAUUGAGUACACAGUCUAUGACAGAGCUGAGAACAAGGGAACUUGCAAGUUUCGAGUUAAAGUAAGAGUCAGACGUUGUGGCAAGCUCAAUGCCCCAGAGAAUGGGUACAUGAAGUGUUCCAGUGAUGGUGACAAUUAUGGAGCCACCUGUGAGUUCUCUUGUAUUGGCGGCUAUGAGCUUCAGGGUAGUCCUGCCCGAGUAUGCCAAUCCAAUCUGGCUUGGUCUGGCACAGAGCCCAGCUGUGCAGCGAUGAAUGUCAAUGUUGGUGUCAGAACAGCAGCUGCGCUUCUGGAUCAGUUUUAUGAGAAAAGACGACUCCUCAUUGUGUCUACACCCACAGCCCGAAACCUCCUCUACAGACUGCAGCUGGGAAUGCUACAGCAAGCACAGUGUGGCCUGGAUCUCCGACAUGUCACCGUUGUGGAGCUGGUAGGAGUCUUCCCAACUCUCAUCGGCAGGAUCAGAGCAAAGAUUCUGCCUCCAGCUCUGGCCCUGCAGCUCAGGCUGUUGCUUCGAAUCCCACUCUACUCCUUCAGUAUGGUUCUAGUGGAUAAGCAUGGCAUGGAUAAAGAACGUUAUGUCUCCCUAGUGACACCCAUGGCUCUCUUCAACCUCAUUGACACUUUCCCCCUGAGAAAAGAAGAGAUGAUCCUGCAGGCUGAGAUGGGCCAGACUUGCAACACCUGAUAUGCUGUUACAUUCUUGGGAAACUAUAGUCCUAUCAAGGAAUGGACUGAGAUGACAGAGAGAGAGCUACAUUCCCAAGUGGGAGAAUAGCAAAUUGAAAAUAUUCAGACAAAGCUACAUGAUGUUCAUACUGAAAUUGUGUAGACUCCCCCCCCACAAUGUAAUAUAAAAACUAUUUACAAAUCACUUCCCACAAAGGAGGUACUAUAAGUAAUCCAGAGAGGUUUAAAGUAUACAAGGGGAUGCACAGAGAUUACAGGUAAGUACCGCACCAUUUUAUAUCACAAGAUGAGUGUCUUUUUGGGGUGCUGGAACCAAUUGUUCCUGAGUUUGUGAAUGAAAAAUCAUGAUAGGCCAGUAGGGCUGAAUUCUUGACUGCACACCACCCAGAGAGGUUGUAAUUCACAAGCUGUAUAUCAGAUCCCUUUUCAGAAAGGUUAUCUUUACUUAUAGGGCCUACAUUUGUAUUUGUAAA